UUUUUUUGCGCGCCCAGUAUUCACAAUGACUGGCAGAGGUGGCGGUGGAGCUGCUCGCAAGACACUGCUUGCGCCCAUUCAUUUCAUCUUCAAACUCCUCCAACAACGGUCGACAGUUUCUAUUUGGCUGUAUGAGCAGCUCGCGUUCCGGAUAGAAGGAAAGAUUAGAGGGUUUGAUGAGUUCAUGAACCUGGUCGUUGACGAUGCCGUCGAGGUCAAACUGGCGACGAAAAGUGAGGAGGAAAAGAGGCGACCACUGGGUCAGAUAUUGCUAAAGGGUGACAAUGUGUCGCUCAUCCAAGCUGUUCAGUGAUUCGAAACGCGCCUCACUUGGCAUCUAACUCUCCACUGCCAUUUAAAAUAAAAGCUCGUUGCUAUUUUCUCCCUGUUACGAAAAUCUAAUCCCAACUAUUUACACCUGACCGCUGGAGGAUGGGUCCCAUGCACACGAUUGAAUAGACGGAUCUGGGGACAUGAGAGGAAACUGUUUUUGGGCUUUUCAAGAUCACCGUUGGCGCACAAAACACUGGUCAUCGCCAACAAUGAGGACAUCUACUGGCCAGUCAUGACUUGUAACGGGUAUUUCUUCAGGUGGGGAAAGCGUUUGCUCCUUGAGAGAGAGGGCGACUGUGAUUUAGUCAGAAUAUUAAUUGCUUUCCUAAUUUCCAAGGAUUGAACGGUUGA